AUUUUUUAAGGUAUUCUUUCCGUUUCGAUUGUUUCGUCUUGCUAACUUCGUCGAUUAUAAAAUAUACAUGUAAUCAGAAUAGAUGGUAACACCGUUCUUUCUAUAUUUGUGUGGGGGUAACUCUGAGGCUCUUUGGCUCUUGCGUAUAGGUGGAAAAAUUGCAUAUAAAGAUUCUGGCCAGAAGCAUAUUUCAAGUACAGGAGCACAAAAUAAGAUUCUUUAAUUUCAUUUAUUAACAAAUAUUAGUUAAGUGUUAAAGAGUAAUUGUAAAAGUAACGAAAAAUAUGGCUGCUGGUGACGACAUUUGUAAAUUAUUUAGCCGCGAACAAGUGUCCGAACACAAUGACAAUAAUAAUUCCUGGCUUAUCAUACAUAAUAACGUGUACGAUGUGACCGCUUUUCUUAAUGAGCAUCCCGGCGGCGAAGAGGUAUUACUUGAGCAGGCUGGAAAAGAUGCUACAGAAAACUUCGAAGACGUCGGCCAUAGUUCUGACGCCCGAGAAAUGAUGAAAAAAUAUAAAAUUGGUGAAUUGGCGCAUGACGAACGGUCAAAUAUACCGGAAAAGUCUGAACCUAACUGGAAUAGCGAAACGAAAAGCGAGGAAACAUCGAUGAAAUCCUGGCUAAUGCCCUUAAUAUUGGGUUUAAUAGCAACACUUCUUUAUAGAUAUCUAUUCGGUGCUAGCACUAAAACACAAUAAGCCUUUCACAGAACAAAUUAAUACAAUUUUCUUCUGUUUCAUUUUUUUUUUUUUUUUUUUUUUUUGAUUUUUGUAAAGCUUUAUGUAACAUGAUUAAUGUCCAUGAUUUUCCACUGUAAAAACAAAAAACAUUCUACAAUACAAAUUUAUUUACUUUAAUUGAAUGUUAUAUUAAGCAUUUAAGAGUCACAAGUUAUUUUCGUACACUUUUACUUGUUAACGAAAAAGUGCUCUUCAGUAAGUGUGUCUAAAUAGGUUUCCUUUUCAAUCAAAACCAAUAAAUUAUAAUGCAAUUUAUAAAUACAUACAGAUUUGCUAUUUUUAUCGA